UUAUAAGUGUCGCGAUUGAAACGUAUGGAGGAAAUAAAUUAGUGUUCAGUGAGGUAAAGAAAGAAAAGUACAUUGAGCUGAUCCCAUAAGUGUAGUUUUUUUCAAAGUUGAUACGGGACUUUUAAAAUUUGUCCGCAGGCGUAUUAUGCAUGGUUUUGUCCACGUGAAAUCAGUGUCUCUUUCUAACUCCACGCGAUUAAAAGAGAAAAACCAUCGCACAAAAGUGUUAACGAAUAAACGUGUAAACAAAAAGGAAGGAAUCGAAAAAUCCGUAGCUCAGUUGGUCAAGAGCGAUCGGACCUGCGUUCCGAAAGGUCGCAAGUUCGGGUCUUGCCGGAAGCGUUGAUUUUUUCCAUGUUUCCUUGAAUAUAUAAAUUUAAAGUGAAAACGAGAUGGAUAUGAUACCGGAUGAACGAGAGGAAACCAUCAUCGCUGAACUCCUAGCGAUCCUUCGGAAGAAAAGAGAGCUGGUGUUAGAGAGGAUGGAAGACAGUGCUUUAAGUAGUUCGAGAACUGUGCAAAGCAACAAACACAACGAUGGAGAGUACGCCCGGAGCGGCACAGUCCCCAUUUUACCCUCCCUGGACAAAGACAUAGAAAACCUGGAGAACGCCCCAAUGCUGAGCAAGGAGGUGGAUCUGAACAAGAUCUUCACGCCGGCGCCUGAUGCGGAGGAGCAUCUCAUCAAGAAGGAUCGGAAGUUUGAGAAAACCUUCGCCUCCUCAGCGUUUUACGUGCCCGGUGUCCACCCCACGGUCAAAGAGCAGAUGGACCUGGCCCGUGCCAUAUCGAGGAGCCUGAGCGACCAGAGCAACCAUAUGAGUCGCGGACAGAGCAUGUAUGUGAACCGGAAGAAACGGUCCGUCAAAUGGGUGCAUGAGGGCAGAGGUCGCAACACAACGAAUCUAUCCACCACACCAACGCCAGUCCCAACACACGACACGCCCUACCGCCCGCCGUCCAGUCUCCGCAACCAGAAGACCUACCCUAAAUCCGCGCUGAAGCACCCUCUGCCCAAAAUGGAGCCGUUCCCAGUGUCUCCGCCAACGAUUAUCGUGCAAAACCAGGAGAUUCCUAUUCCUAUGGCUCCGACGAAGUUGAAUGAUGUGUACGCGGCGCCCGUAAGUCCUCGCUUGCCGUUGGUGUCAGGCCCGAAUUUCAACGUGGCGCCGCGCGGGUGGGGAGAGAUGAAGGAUUACUACAGACCUGUUGCGCUCGAUGUAGCUGGUGCAGCUCCGCGUUAUUCGGAUUUUUAGUUGGUAGCUCUGUUUAUUUUUAACUCUGCUAUUUUCUAGGUACGAAAAUGACAGUUCGGUUUGCGAAAUUACUGGAGUCCACGCUAAGUUUUCAUGCCAAGUCGCUAAUGGUUCUUUAACAACAAGGUAAUAAAGUAAUUAGCACCCGGUUUUACUUAAAGUAUACUUGAGCUAACUAAACAAUCUUCAUACUAGUUACUUUUCAAUAUUUUAAUUUCUUAGUUUUCUUAGUACCUAUUCCAACUUUUCAAUUCAUAGUCUGUUGUUAAAUUAGAUAAAUGAUUUAACCUAAAGAAGCAAUUUCAUAGUCAAUACGAUUUUUAUCGAAAACAAAUAUUUACAUACUAACGAAUUGAUAUUAUCCCAGACUCACCAAGUAUCAUAACUAGUUGUUUUAUACUCCUAUAUGGAUGGAAUGUGCUUCGCCGCAUUUUUGUAUUCGUAAAGAUAAAGUUUUAUUACCAAUUACCAACCCUAAAUAGCCGAAAGGGAUAGUGCCAUACAUUAGAAAGGGACAGCAUGAUUCGUCCCUGAAUCGCUGUCAAACUUCGGUUUUGUAGGAAGUUUCUUUUCUAUACGGUAGUACUAUUACUUAUUCUGUGGAAAUAGUAAACUCUUUUUUGGACAAAAACACUUAAUAAAAGUAACUUACGAUUAAGACGAGUUUCGUACAAAGGUGAACUUAUCCCUUUCAGGGAUCUCUUCCAGUUAACCUUUGAGUAGUUAGCGUGUUAAGUCUACCCAAUUGAUUUCAUAUUCAAUUUGAAAAAAUGACAGAUCCGUUGGACGCUUGAAGGAUUUAAAAACUGGAGUCGCCUUUAAGAGCUUACCCCUCUGUCGAAAACCUCGGCCAAUGGUCAUAUGUAUUGUAUGGACUGACGUUUAUCUGACAUGACUUUUUGUAUGUAACGUAGAAAUUACACACAAGGCGUCUCCAUUUGUUAAAUCCUAGGUUGGACUAAUUGAGGCAACUGUAAUUUAAGUACCUACCUGGAAUAUAAAAGCGAGCUUAGAGUUAACUAAACUUUUGACAUGCGAUCAACCGUUACCAAAUAAGUUAUGUUUUUAUUUUAGAUUGUACGAGUACUUUUAAAUAAUUAAAUGACGAAGUUUUUAUAAUUAUAAUUUAAACUUAUUAUUUAUUUAUUUCAUUAUAAAACGAUAACAUAUCAACGAAAAAAAACGUCUUAACAGAUAAUCUGUGCCUUUUUGAAAGAGUUUGCUAGUAAGAUGUUUCUUAAAGUUUGAUUAUUCUAUAUAUUAUGGUAUGUAUGUAUGAGUGAUCUGUUUUUCAGAUGAUAACGAAUCUGAGAACUCCAAAGUCAAUAAAAACUAGUCAUAAAUAUGAUUAAAUAAUAAUAAAUUGAGCUAAAUGUGUACGAUAUAAGAUUAUUACAUUAGUUAUUUCAGUAUUUAAAAAUGCUUCAUCGUGUUAUAUUUAUAAACAUAUUUUAUUAAAUUUUUGCCCUCUAAAAUAAAAUCCGCAUUUACUGUUGUGUUUUUUUUUGUUAUAGUUCAUAUUAUACACAGAGAAUAUAAUUAUAGUGACAAUUAAGGCAAGGGCUAUAACCGGAAAUCGAAGUUAGUCAAUUGCGGGCAUUUUUCUAUGUCACUCUAAUUACGUCUCAGUAAAAGUAAAAGAGAUCCCCGCAAUUUGCGAAUUUCGGUUUUCGCGGUAGGCCCCCAGAGCUCACCGGCUGCUUGUGCAUUAACGUGCGCGCAUGCUAAAAUGUUAGCCAUGCCCGCACGUCACGCGCUUUGCCGUCUCUUAUAGCAUCUGGGGGCCUACCGCGAAAACCGAAAUUCGCAAAUUGCGGGGAUUUUUCUCUUUUACUUUUACAGAGACGUAAUUAGAGUCACAUAGAAAAAUGCCCGCAAUUGACGAACUUUGAUUUCCGAUUUUCCCUGUAUUUCAACGCGCACGCGCACCUGUCUAUACCUUUACAGUUUAUUAAUUUAGAUACAUAUUAUACCUAGUCAUUUUAUAAAUAUACUACUGAAAGUUUCUUAAAUCAGUUUUUGACUAAAACUAAUUACCUACGUACUUUUUAGUAUUUAAGUGAUUUAAUAUGUUUUUUUUUAUAUUUGUUUUUGUAUAUCAGUACUAGGUAAAUUUUUUAUUAACUUGCCUUAAAAUAUUUUGAUGCGUAUACGUAAGAAUAUUUAAAAGUUAACAUCGUAUGAUAUGUUUAUUGUAAGUAUUAUUGUUGUUGUCACCAUUAAAAUAGUUUAUUAAUUUUAUAUAUCUAUCUACCGAAAAUAAAACAUAAAUAAAUAAAUAAGUACUAUAAUUGUAUUGGAUUUGUUGUGAUUGUGAUACUUUGUUAGUGAAUAAAUGAUAAAACAAC